CCCUUCAUCACCGCUGCCUCACACGUUGCUGUCCCCUCGGAACCGUUGGAGGAGAAAUGGCUGCAGCUCUGUCCCGUGCCCUCAAAUUACCCGGGAAGAAAGGCUCGGAGCUUGGGGAGUACGACCCUCUCACCCAAGCAGACAGCGAGGACGAAAGCGAAGAGGAUGACCUGGUGCUCAACUACCCUCGAAAUGGCCUCGGCAGGGACAGCUGCCUCGGCGCGGGCUCCUCACAGCUGCGGGGGGGUCGAUCUGGAAGACUUGUCGGGGCCGAAGACGAGGCACAGGAGGACGAGGAGGAAGAGCUGGACGAAUGGAGAGAACGGCUCCCCAGCAAAUCCAGGCAGGACAGAGACGACAUGAAAGGCACGCAGUACUGGAGCCACCGGGACCCGGGCAGGGACAGGCCCGGGGAGGACAGAGGAGGGCCUGGGCCAAUGGGGGGUGCUGGGCUAGGGGUUCACAGUACUGAUGCGGAAGAGAAGAGGAUGAGGGUGAAGCAUGCUGUCCGGAGUGCGUUUUUCCUGGUGCCUCUGGUCUGUGCUGCGAUGCUCGUGCUGCUGUGUGCAUUUCUGAUUCCGUGCCAGAAGGGAACACUGGGAAAGAGGCCGCAAUGGGAGAGAGCCCUGGGAGACGCAGGAGGUGUCACACCGCCUGCACUGGCGUUGUGGGAUACUGAUGGGGAUUCGGUGGAGGAUGUAAUCCUGGGUGUUACCGAAUGGUCCAACGACACCCAUCCCAUGCAAGGGAACAAAAUCUACAGUGCGGUGGCCCUGUCUGCGGUCAGCGGGCAGGUGCUGUGGAGGAAAGUCAUGCGGGAGACUGUGAUGUACAUCCAAUGUGGUCUGCAGUUCAGCACCCAGCCGUCACCUGUGGUGCUCCUCAUCAGCAAGUCCAUCCUCAUGCUAGUCAACAACACCUCAGGAGAGACCUUGCGAACGGUUCAGCUUAAGAACAUUGAAUCCCAGGCGGUGUUACUUCCAGACCUCCAGGGCGACUCAGUCCCAGAUCUGCUCAUAGCAACCCUGCCUGCAGAUGACGCGGCUUCAGAUCUCUUCCUGACGUUGAUCUCUGGGCUGACGGGGGCAAAGCUCGGACAUCCUGUGCCUUUCAACCUCACUGGGCAGGGAAAACUGAUUGGUCCUUUGCUGCAUGAGACACAACAAGGGGCAUACUACAUCCUCUUUGGACUAGGUAAUGUAGAGGCCAUCUCUCUGUGUGAUAUCUACAUUCGUGCCACUGGCGAACUACCCAUAACCCCGGCACUCAGAAAGAAGGAUCCAGGGUGGGAGGGACUCAAGAAAACCAAUUCCUCCUCCUUCAUACACAUUUACAGAGGAUCUGAGCGCGUGGAGUUCCUGCUCCCUCUUGUGGCUGGUUUUGGCAACAACCACAACAGCCUGGACACUGGCUCUAACCUCAACUCCACCAGAAGUGACUGGGUGCUGGUGUAUGGCUCCAGCAAGCUGUCAGUGCUCAGACAGAAGGACAUCCGUAAAGAAUGGACCUUCAACUCAGCUCCCAUUCACAGCCAACCAGCCCCGGGACACUUCAAUGAUGAUGCAAUCCUCGAUCUUUUCAUUCAGCAUUCGGCAAACGGCAUCAUGAAGGCUCAGAUUGUUGAUGGGGCAAAUGGGCAUCUUCUCUGGUCAGCAGAGUUUGUGUGUCCUCGUCCUGUUUUGGAACCUUCGGCAAUCUCCACCUCAACUGGCCAAUCAGCUUUCCUCUUCUGGGCCAGCGAUCCAAUCAAAGCACAGAAGAAUAUUACCAAGACAACUGUGGCACCAGGUGUUGCUGCAGCGGAGCCACUCAUCAGAAAACUCUUCCUGCUGCACCCUGCACAUCCCAAAAUCCUGCUGGAGCUCAGCAGUACCACGGACGCCGCCGUCACCUCCGCAGUGAGUUACCAGGAGCAUCAGAGAGAUGCCUCCUACGUCACCGUAUCCUCCCGACCCACACCCUACUCAGAGCCGGGCGCUCGGAUAGUCAAGAGCAUGAGCCUCAAAGCGGCUGUCGCCAAAGGACAGAUCGUCAGACUAGAGGAGAGCAACAAACCGCCCGGGGGGGCUGUUAAACCCGGCGCGUAUGAAGUCAACAAGUUCUUCAGGGGUUUGUCCUUUAAACGCCAAGUAAGGAAGACACACGUGGGAGAUAUGUGAGAUGAUUCGAGUACCGUGUUGACCUCAGUUUGAUUGUUUCCACUCAGUGAUAAAUCUCUUAACUGUGUUGCUUUGUUUAGUGAUGAGCCACCACUGCAUCAC